AUGGCACAGAAAGGAACGCGCAUAGAGCCGCUGCCUGGGGGUAGCCGGGGCGCGUCUGGAGCUGUCGCUGGACGCGGCAGCAUGUGGGCCGCCAGCCGAGCGCGAGGGGCUGCACGAUCACCUAGCAGCCCCUCGCAUCCAUCAUCCCCACCAGAAGGCUUGGUGUCGGCUGGGUCUUCUCGGACUCAGCAAGCGGUACCCGCCACUGGUGGAGCACGUCGCAUGCGUUGGACAAAAUCUAUGAACGAAAAUGCAUUGCGGGCGUACUAUAGGGUGAAAGGGGAAGAAACUCUGGGAAUAGCGUAUAGAGCUCAGAUGCAUUGCUUUUUUGCUGAGCUGGAGCAUUCUAUCCGCGUCACGGAACAAAACUUGGCAGACCGAGUUCGGUACAUCAUGCGCUCGAAAAUAUUUGAUGAUGCCGAACUCGAACGACUACGACGUGAGGCUAUUCCAUCGUCGAAUGAAUCGGCUAUGGCUGGAGAUGCAGCUCCACAUCCGACAGACCAGCAUCCACACGUGGAAGCCAACAUGGAUCUCCCAGUUGUGGUUGAUUUGAACGACGAUGAAAUAGUCUCCCACGAACUAGAGCAAAUGAGGAGUAUAUUGGAAGAGGCGAUUUUGGAAACGCGCAGCACACCUAUCGAAAAUCGACCGCGACUUUCCCGCAUACCCCUAAGCAAGCGAAAUCGGGCUGUCGUGAGGGUUAUUAACCCAAUGCUGGUGACAUAUUUGGAAGCCAUCCGGGACCUUUGCGAGACGGACUCAAUUCUCUUUGGCGCCGCAGUGACAGUUUGCCGUAUUAUUGGCGCCAAACUUCCCAUGGCUGGACGCGCUACUUCACAAAGUAGCGCCAUCCCAGCCUGGAGAAAAUGA